GAGACCAAACGUGCUUGAACCUUCCUCAAAGGUUAUCUCUAAGCUUCAAAGCUCAACCAAAAAAAAAAAAAAAGUUCAAGCCAUGGUUGCAUCUUUCUCUGUCCCCUCAAUGAUAAUGGAAGAGGAAGGCAGGUAUGAAGCCGAGGUGGCAGAGGUUCAGGCAUGGUGGAACACGGAGAGGUUCAGGCUGACGAGGAGGCCGUACACGGCUCGGGACGUGGUGGCGCUGAGGGGGAACCUGAGGCAGGGCUACGGCUCGGACGAGAUGGCUAAGAAGCUGUGGAGGACGCUGAGGAGCCACCAGGCCAAUGGCACGGCCUCGAGGACUUUCGGAGCGUUGGACCCGGUCCAGGUGACCAUGAUGGCUAAGCACCUCGACUCCAUCUACGUGUCCGGGUGGCAGUGCUCGUCCACUCACACGUCCACCAACGAGCCGGGCCCUGACCUCGCCGACUACCCUUACGACACCGUUCCCAACAAGGUCGAACACCUCUUCUUUGCUCAGCAGUAUCAUGACAGGAAACAAAGGGAGGCUAGGAUGAGCAUGAGCCGGGAAGAGAGGGCGAAGUCACCGUACGUUGACUACCUCAAGCCGAUCAUCGCCGACGGCGACACCGGCUUCGGCGGCACCACCGCCACCGUCAAGCUCUGCAAGCUCUUCGUCGAGCGUGGAGCCGCUGGGGUCCACAUCGAGGACCAGUCCUCCGUCACCAAGAAAUGCGGCCACAUGGCCGGAAAAGUUCUCGUCGCCGUCUCCGAGCACAUCAACCGUCUCGUUGCCGCCAGGCUCCAGUUUGACGUCAUGGGCACCGAGACGGUGCUCGUGGCUCGGACCGACGCGGUAGCUGCCACCUUGAUCCAGACCAAUGUCGACUCUAGGGACCACCAGUUCAUUCUUGGGGUUACUAAUCCGGGGCUCAAGGGGAAGAGCUUGGCUAAUGUUCUGGCCGAAGGGAUGGCCAUGGGGAAGAACGGGCCGACGUUGCAGGCCAUCGAGGACGAGUGGUUGGCAUCCGCCCGGCUCAUGACAUUCUCCGAGGCUGUCGUAGACGCUAUCAAACGGACGAACCUCAACGAGAACGAGAAGAACCGGAGGUUGAAUGAAUGGAUGAACCACUCUAGGUACGAGAACUGCUUGUCGAACGAGCAAGGCCGGGAACUAGCGGCGAGACUCGGAGUGACGGAUCUUUUCUGGGACUGGGACUUGGCCAGAACCCGGGAAGGGUUCUACAGGUUCAAAGGCUCGGUCAUGGCCGCGGUGGUCCGUGGCUGGGCGUUCGCACCGCACGCUGACCUGAUCUGGAUGGAGACCGCGAGCCCCGACCUAAACGAAUGCACCCAGUUCGCGCAAGGGGUGAAGUCACGUGCCCCGGAGAUCAUGCUGGCGUACAACCUGUCGCCGUCCUUCAACUGGGACGCGUCCGGAAUGAGCGACCAGCAGAUGAUGGAGUUCAUACCGAAGAUCGCGAAGCUAGGGUUCGUGUGGCAGUUCAUAACGCUGGCCGGAUUCCAUGCGGACGCGCUCGUGAUCGAUACGUUCGCGAAGGAUUACGCGAGGAGGGGGAUGCUGGCUUACGUCGAGAGGAUUCAGAGGGAGGAGAGGAGCAACGGCGUUGACACUUUGGCUCACCAGAAGUGGUCGGGUGCUAAUUACUACGAUCGUUAUCUCAAGACCGUCCAAGGUGGCAUCUCCUCCACUGCCGCCAUGGGCAAAGGAGUUACGGAGGAACAGUUCAAGGAGACGUGGACGAGGCCGGGAGCCGCAGCCGGAAUCGGCGAAGGGGCGAGUGUUAUUGUGGCGAAGGCAAGGAUGUGAUAACCACGCGCCGCCGUAUGUUUCGCCGGAGAAAUCUCAUACCCAGUACCCUAUCUUAAUAAGAAACCUUAUUUUGGCUUGGUUUUAUUUUCAUAUAUUUUAUUUCACUUUUUCUCCUUAAAUAAUUUCGAUUGAAAAGUUUGGGGGAAGAUAUUCUCAGGGUUUUUCAUCUUUCUUGUACGGAUCGUGAGAUUCGGCCUUGUUGGUAAUGUUAUUACGGACGACUGAUAUUUUUAUAUUCA